AAAAUUAACAACAAUUAUGAAUGACGAGGUAGAAGUAAAAACAACUACAAAUACAUCCAUUGAGGAGGAGGAGGAGGAUAAUACAACGGUUAAGGAUAUGGCAGAUAUGGCACAGACUAUGACAAAAGAUAAUAAUGAUAAUUGCGACGUGCUCAAGUCACAAAUAUUUCUCACACAAUUACCGAAAUUGAUAACAAUUUCAAAUGACGCGUCUGAGCCUACUAUUUUAUCCAGUUAUGAGGUCAAAGAGACAACCAAAUAUUAUUGUAUACAGGCGAGUCAAGUGCUGGAAUAUCCACAAUUGGAGAAGCCAACAGAGGUAGUGCCUGUGUCACAAAAUGAGGCAACAACAACUGAGGCGAAUCCCAAAGAAAUAAUAACAACAACUGAGGAAAAUACUACAACCAGCGACAUAGUUGAGGACGAUGAGGAUUAUGUUACCGAAUCGGAACGCGAGGAUUAUGAGAAUGCUUCCGAUGAGUCGGAUAUCAUCUAUAAGACCCUCUACACAACUUAUACAUAUUUGACAACCUUUUUCCAAGCCGAUGCCACAACAAUUUCAAGUCACACUGAAAUUGUGACCAAUAUAAUUACUUCCACUUUGGAUAUGGAAUUGAAAUCGAGCAUUAUCAGUGAGAAUGAAAUAAUUGCGACAACAACGACAAAAGCGACAAAUUUACAAGCGACCAAAUAUAUGAUACCUGAUGACUUAAAGGAGUUGAUAGAUGCUAAUGUUAACAACGAACUAAAGCAUGACUCAAGCGAAUCAAGUCAAAAAACCGAGUAUUUAAAUGAUGUCAAAUACACAAAAACUUUUUACACAACUUUCACUUAUUAUACGACCAUCUUUGCGGAGAGUGAAACGGAGAUAAUGUCGCGAACGGAGGUGUUUACCAAUUACGUAACAGAGCUGGGUGCUCCAAUGACCAGUGUUGUGCAACUGGCCAAAGAAAUAGUAAUAAAUCCAACUGAAACCGAGUCAACUAGCAAUGCUGACAAGCUGGUCACACUGAUAACCGAUGUCAAAUCGAGCAGUUCCAAUGGUGAACAACACUUGAAAAUCAGGGAUGAUAUGGCCGAUGAUCAGAUUAGUUCCGAGAGCAAUACCGAAGAGAUGCUUCCCUCUGCCACCCUCCUGCUGCAGACCAGUUUCACAACAUUCACGUUCUACACUACGAUGUAUGAGCAGGACAGCACUAAUGUGGUUAGUCGCCUGGAAACUGUCACAAAUAUUGCGACGGAAACAUUGCAACCAACCAAAAUGCCGAGUCACGCUGAGGAUGCAACACUGCCCAUCACAUAUUUUACCACAUUCACCUAUUGGACCAAGCUGGCUAAAGAUGGUGAAAUAACAACAAUCAGCAGAGAGGAAACCAUAUCGAAUGUUAUCGAACCAACAAAAAUUUGGACAGAGAAUUCAAGUGAGACUUUGAGUAAGAGUACGACUGCAAAUUCGACUGCGAGUUCGACUGGGAGUCUGGUGAAUUUAAUUACCCAAAAUGCCUCUGAUUUGACCACAUUCUACACGACUUACACUUAUUACACGACCUCAUAUAAGGCGAAUCAGACGGUGACUGAUUCACGCUUCGAGACGAUUGUGAAUGUGAUAACGCCGACGGCAACAAUAAUUUCUAGUGUUGACAGUUUGCCAGUUAGCUCGAUUGUUAUCGAUAAAUCCGAGUUGCUUUACUAUGAUUACAAGCACAUCAUAGAUGCGGAUGGUGUGAGCACUCUCUACUUUACCACACAAAUACAGUCGAGCAUCGAUAGCCAGGGCAGCGCCAUCGAGUUGACCAGCAGCACUUCGAGUCUGCUCGUCGACGAGUCCAAAAAAUUGGAACUCAACUCAGUUGCCAGCUCGUCGCAAUAUAAAACGGGUCUCGUUCGUUUGAUUGAGGGCACUCGCGUUGGCAAUCGCACCACGACGCUCUAUCAAUCAAAAGUUAUCGGCACAAUUAUCGAUAGUCGUUAUGCGCAAAUUAUCGAAAGCACUUCCAGUUUUCUAUUCGAAAAAAACAUUUCGCCAAGCGCAACAAUUGACGAACUAAUUGUGAAGAGCACGAAACAGUUGAGUCAGUUGAGUCAACAGCAAAUUGAGACUGCCACAGUGGAAAGCAGCAUGCACAGCGAGGAGCAGCACGACAACGAUGGCGAUGGCGAUAACGAUAGCGAUGGCGAUAGCAAUUUGUCGUCGCAGAGUAAAAAACGCACCUUUGCCCCAGUUAUACGUCCCUUUGCCUCCCGCAAUCGACCCACCUUUGCACCCAAGCAAAAAACGCUUAGUGCGAGCAGCGCAACAAUAAUAACCCGUUCCGAUAUCACGCCAACAAUAACAGCCACGCCUGCCUUGAAGUCUGUGGGCGGUGCUCGGUACAGCUCCUCGCGGCGCGGUGCCAUCUCCAAUGCGCCCAUAAAUCCGCAAGGAGCUGCCGCUUCCUCAACUCGUCGUCUCUUUGGUCGCCCCUUGAAAUCCUCAGUGGUUGCUCCUGCUAGUGCGGGAGGCCUUAGUUCAUCGGUUGCUGGCAGCACUACCGGCUUUGCUCCGUCCAGAAAUAGAUUUGCUAGCUCAGCACGCAGCGGUACAGCCAGUAGUUCCCGGCGUCUCAGCUCCGGCUCCGCCUCCACCUCCGCUUCUGGCUAUCGUCCGGCGAGCAGCGUGAAUUUUCUCAAUUCCCGCCAGCGCAUAAGACCCACUGCUGCCUUUGGGCAAGCACUACCGGCGUCGACGACGACAACGCCCGCAACUGCAGCAGAGAACGAGCCCAGCGAGGAGGAUGCAUCCACGGAGGAGGAGACUUCGAUUGCCACCGAUGACAAUGAGGAGAAAACGGCGCAGAAUUCGCGUCGCACUCAAAAUCCGCUGCUGCGUUUUCGGCGACCCCUCAAUCGACCCAGUGGCUUUACGCCUGCGACUCGCGUGAGCAAUACCAGCGCCACAAAUGUAUCUGUGCGGAAGAAUCCGCUAGCAAGUCGCGCCAAGGCCGCAACGACAACGACGACGACAACGACUACGGUACGGCCAAGACCGCGCAGCUUUCAGCGACCCACACUGAGUUCGCUGCAGGCGCGCGCACGGCCCCAAAACAAUCUCUUUCCCCCACGAGGUCUUUUCCAGCAGCAACGGGAGAAGGAGAAGACGCAGGCGCAGGAUAAUGAUUCGGAUGGCGAUGCGGACUACGAUGAUGAUGAGGAUGGCGAUGAGGAGGACCAAGAAACCGCUCAAAAUGGAACUAUUCGUCGCCGACGACGACACUCUAACAAAAAGAGCGUUACCCUCUCUCGUAGGCGACGUCAGGUGGAUACUUUAAGUCGCAAUCGGUUUCGCUUUCGUCGCCCCAAAACGGCAACGACCGAGGAGACGCCAGCGGAGGAGCAACUUGCUGAGACGACGACGACGACGCGGAGCAGGCUGAAUGCGCGUUUUGGUUCGCGUUACAAGCAACAGUCUAGCUCGACGGCUGCAACUGCCGCCCAUCGCGCCAUACGCCCCACCAGACCCACUACGGCUCGGGCGCAGUUUACGCUACGCGAAAAGGAUACAGCCGGAAAAAGCAGGCAGGCAGGCGCUGGCAGCUCGGCAAAGUCCAAUUUUAGACGACCGCAGUCGGCACUAAGACGAUCCGGCUCUGGCUCCGGUUCCAGCUCCAACUCCGGCUCGAAUUCUAGCUCCGGCUCCAGCUUCAACUCCAAGUCUGCAAAUGCGCGUCGUUUAAAGAACUACAUCAGCAGUAGCAAUAAUAAUAAUAAUAAUAAUAAUAAUAAUAAUAAUAAUAAUAAUGUAGACAGCCGUACAGCUAGCAAUCCGCGCAGCCGUACCGGCACCGGUUCAGGCACUUCCAGCCGUAAUCGCAACGCAAACCGUAAUCGCAAUCGUAACGAUUACAACCAGGAUGUGGCUUCAGCUGAGCUGGGCAGUGUUGCCAUCACAGUUACCCAUUUGGUGCCCGCUGAAGUGACCGUACCGGUUGUCAACGGUCAGCUGACGGAGUACAAGAAUAUUGUAACAGCCAAGACCAGUUUGGAGGUACUGGCGCCCCAUCAAUACACCCAGCAAGUGGGUAGCAAUGGACAAACCUCGCUCUACCUGGUCCGCGAAGACACCAGCGUAAAUGCGGCGGGUGUCACGGAAUUAACUCGCUACCUGCUGCACGACACACUAACAACGACCGUCACGUUUACCCCGACAACAAUCAGGGGUCGCAAGACCUCGUUUUCACACGUACUACCCUCUACGGUGUAUGGCGUGGAGAGUGUCGUCUCCACGCUGCAGCCACAAAUCGCCGCAAAUGCGCCUCUGGCGAAUAUUCUGCUAUCCCAGCUGCUGUUGGGCAACAUUAAUUUGCCAGCGAAUCCGCUGCUGGGCGCACUAGCGGGUACCCAGCCAGCAUUACCAGCGCUUGAUGCCGCAGUAGCAGCAACAACUGCAGCUGCAGCCGUGCCAGUUACGGAAUAUCGCACACAUACCUCCACUUAUGUGACUACCAUUUAUGAUGGCAAGUCUACGAUUUUGCCCAUUACAUUCCAGGGCAAGAAAAUAUUGACAACUGUUUUCGAUACCACAGCGCAGACGAUAACAGCUACCGAGUACAGUGUGGACACGAUAGUAAAUACCCCAACACAACAAUUUCAGCAACUCCAGCAACAAUCUGGGCAGGUGGCGCAGGUCAACAGUUUGCUGCUGCAACAAUUGCUGUUCCAACAGCAACAACAACAGCAACUACAGCCACAGCAGCAACAAAAUCCAGCGAUUACCAACACUAUUUCGCCACAAAUACUGCUCAACGAUAAUCUGCAAGAUCUGGACGAAAUAACUCCCUACGAUGCACCCAAUAUCGAAGGCAUUAUAGUCGAACAGCAAACGACGAGCAAAAGUCACAAAAAGUCACGAAAACCGGGCAAAAGUCACAAGCGCCAUCGACAACAUAAGGAAGAGGACCGCGAGCACCAUACGGAAAGUAGUGUUGUCACGCUCUACGUAUCUGGCCGUAGACCCGGCGAAUUUAGCACCAUUUUAUCGACUGUUUACAGUAGUUACGAGCAUCUAACUCCCUCCACUUUGCACAAGCGACACGCCCAGCAAACCAUUUCACUCGCAGAGGACCUCUAUGCGUUUGAGGGUAGCGAGCGGGUGCAGAGCUACCUGCCAGCACCAGUGAAUAAAAAUACCCUAGGCGAGUUGGAUCAAACAGCGUCGCUGGAGAGCAUCAUAGGCGAUGUUCACUUGUGGUAUGCCAAGGCCAAGGCUACCCAGGAGCUGAGUGCACCCUCUAGCAGCAGAAGCAGUAGUGCUACCGGGCUUGAGCAGGAGGCCCUAACGCAUUCAAUUUAUUUUUUAGUGUAAAUGACCUCGCUGAGUUGUUCCCACUACAGUUGCAGGUCACAAAACAGCAUUUUGCAACACUAUGUCCACAAAAAAGUACAAUUAAAAAAAUCAAACGUGAAAUUCAGCAAAGCCAACAGCAGCUGCGGCGUUUGCGCAAAAAAGUGCUUGUGCGGCGCAAGCCACUAGUCAACACUAAUAGCAACACUACUAACAUCACCAGCAACUUUUACAAUACUACCAGCAACUACAACAACAAUUUCAUGUCAUUUUCACAGCCAAAGAACAAGCGUGUUGUCAUUUUCAAGCAUAGACUUACAAAUAGAACAAACCAAACAACAGCAAAAAAUAAGCAGUCGACAGCAACAGUGUUGUUAACAACACUAAAAUCAGCUAUACAAAUAAAUACAAUUUUAGCAACACCAAAAACAGAAGCACAAAAUCAGGCAAUAAUGCCCACAGCAAUUUCGACUUUAACAACAUUGAAUAUAACAAAAAUGCCAACUAUACCAACACUAAAAACAACGCAAAUUUCAACAUUAAAAACACCCCCAAUAAAAACUAUUUCAGCUUUUACAACACCAGAAAUAACAACAAAAAUUGCAAAAAAAGCAAUUUCAACGUUACCAAUACCGAUUUUAAAUUUACCAACACCGGAAAUAAUACCCACUGCGCGUAAAAAUGCCACGCGGCCUGGUAAAAGACGCAAGCAAAAGCAACUCAGAAAUAGACGCAAACAAGCAAACAGAGUGUUGGCAACAAGUAAUUCAACCCUUGCGCAUUCUUCAACACUGCAAGUGCAAGUGACCAGCACUGAAUUGUAUACACAAACCUAUACAGUAAUUGUGGAACGUGUUCACAGCGAUCAGCAUGAAAUUAUUGAAUCCCUUUCCACAUUCACCAAAGUGAAGACACGAAUCGUGUCCAUAACGCGAACAACAACCCGGGGGGAUAUUUUAAUAAUGCCCACUCAAAUGCCUUGAAAAAGUGAUGGGAUAUUUUUGUUAUGCUCACAGAAAUGCCCAUCAAAUUACAUUACAGCUACUUUAUAUCUUAGUUAUUCCCUUUGAACCUGCACAAAUGCCCAAAAAAAGCUAAAAGGUAUUAAAUUCCCUUUAAUACAAUUUGGGGAUCUUUUAGUCAUGCCCACAGAAAUGCCCUUUAAUUUGAUUUUAUUGCCUGCUUUAGCUAGCAAGCAAUGGGUAUAAAUAUUUUAGUUAUGCCCACAAAAAUUCCUUAAAAAGCUAAAGCCGAUUAAUUCUUUUAUUUACACAAGCGUGGGUUUCUCAUUUCUCAGCUUUGCCCACAAAAAUGACCUUAAAAUUGCCGGGCUACUUUAUAUUGGACUAUAGCUAGAGGAAAAAAUCGCCCCAAUGGGUAAUUUUAAUUUGAGACAUGGGAUUUUCAUAAAUAGCCGAAGGACAUUUCAGCUAAGCCCACGGAAAACAAAUUUCCCUGGGUACUUUUGAUACUUUUCCCCUUUAAGCUUGCAAUAAAUAAUCAAGUGAGGAUUUUCCAUACCUA